CCUUUUUAUAUAAAAAAGGAUUUGUUUUUUUUGGGGGAAAAUAAUACUUCAAUUUCAAUCUAGAGUGAGUGAAGGAGAGAAAGAUGGCGAUGAUGGUAUCAGUCUCCAACUCAUUUCUGACCUUUAAUUCUCCAAAUCAUCUCCGAACCAGCCGAAGAAGAUUCUGUGCGAUGGCUACUACGGGAGUGAGAGUCACAGAAGGUGAAGGCAAUUUGCCAAAACUCGUCCUCACUUCUCCCGACAAGAGCGAGGCAGAGAUAUAUCUGUUUGGAGGAUGCGUUACAUCCUGGAAAGUUGCAAGUGGGAAAGAUCUUCUUUUUGUUAGACCUGAUGCUGUCUUCAAUAAGAUCAAACCCAUUAGCGGAGGGAUUCCACAUUGUUUCCCGCAGUUUGGACCUGGAGUUAUUCAGCAGCAUGGGUUUGGAAGGAACAUGGACUGGUCUGUUGUUGAUUCUGAGAAUGCCGUUGACAAUGCUGCUGUUACUCUCGAGCUCAAGGAUGGUCCUUAUAGUCGAUCCAUGUGGGACUUUGCUUUCCACGCUCUUUACAAGGUCGUUGUUGGCGCGGACUGCCUUUCCACCGAACUUAAAAUUACAAACACAGACAACAAGCCAUUCUCUUUUAACACUGCCUUGCAUACUUACUUCCGUGCUUCUGUCACGGGAGCAUCCGUUAGAGGUCUGAAGGGUUGUAAAACUCUCAAUAAGGAUCCUGACCCUAAAAACCCAAUCGAGGGUCAAGAAGACAGGGAUGCAGUCACUUUUCCUGGGUUUGUUGACUGCGUCUAUCUUGAUGCCCCUAAUGAACUGCACUUUGAUAAUGGCUUGGGUGAUCAAAUAAUCAUCAAAAACACAAACUGGUCGGAUGCUGUCUUGUGGAACCCGCAUGUUCAGAUGGAGGCUUGUUACAGAGACUUUGUCUGCGUCGAAAAUGCAAAGCUUGGGGAUGUCAAGCUCGAGCCAGGACAGUCUUGGACAGCAACACAGCUCCUCAGCAUCAGUUGAAAAACAACAAUUGUACUUCUAACUUUUUGUUAUAAUAUCGUUGAAUGUAUCCAUUUUUCUUAAGCAAUAAAAGUUUGUAUUUCACCAGUAGUCCCCACAAGUGCAUUUGCCAUCUCUGAAACGAUGGAACCUUGUCCUAUCUCUCAUUACGAUAUCUCUCUUGUAUAUCUUAGAGACGAGUUUCAUUA